AUGGUGGCGCAGAUCGAGGAACUUGCAGAGAAGUACCUGGAGCUUCUCGGAUACGUGCAGACUGGUACCUUUGUUGAGGUUGGAGCAAGUGACGGUAGGAGGUGGUCGAAUUCAUACUCGCUAGCUCGGAUGGGAUGGUAUGGGCAUUACAUUGAGGCGGUUCCAGAGUAUGCGAAGAUAUGCGCGAUGAAUCAUGCAAGACAUCCGAGGGUGCUUGCGAUAGGAGAUAAAGAAGAUUAUGCCCGUGUGCAUGUCGGAUCAUCCUUGUCAACGUGUUCCGACCAGAUGAGGAAACUAUAUGACUCUCUCGAUUGGACGCAGGGUUAUCACACUGGAGAGAUCGUCUCAACACGGCAGCACAGCUUGGAAUACUUCCUUCGAGCUGUCGGCAUCCAGCCGAGGUUUGAACUUCUGAUAGUGGAUGUGGAAGGAUAUGAGUGGGAGGUGUUUCGCAACUUCAACAUCUCUGAGUGGAGUCCGCAAGUUGUGAUCGUAGAGAUCGAAGACGAGCACGACUCAUUCAAAGAUGUGAAGUUCUUGCAGAAGAGAUUCCGCAAGCUCCGAUCAUACUUCCAAGACCAUGGCUAUGACACUUACUGGAAAGAUAAGAUCAAUACCAUCUUUGUGUACAGGCAGUGA